AUGCACACACCACUUGAUCGCCCACAUCCUGAUUGUCAAGCUGAGAUCAAGGCAUUGCUUCUUUGUCACGAGAACAACCCGUACGCCAAGUUUUUUGGUGCUUGUAGUGACGCAAAGACAGCAUUGGACUGGUGUUUUAAGAAAGAGAAGGAGCGAAUUCGAGCAGAAAAUCUAAAGCAUGCAAAGGCAUCAGAUGCUUAUGUGAGAAAAAAAAUGCAAGAACGUCGUGAUCGUAUGGAGAAGGAAGCGACUGAAUAA